AUGGUAUCAGCACUGAUCAUCGGCGGGACCCGUGGCCUGGGAGCCUCCCUCGUCAAAGAAUACGCAUCGAAGUCAUCAAACACUGUCUUCUCCACUGCACGGUCUGGCUCUGGGCCCAAAGACUUUCCAGAGAGUGUACAAUGGCUAUCCAACAUUGAUCUCACCAAGUCUACCGUCGGUGACGACCUCGCCACGCAGCUGAGCGGAAAGGAACCGCUCGACAUUGUCUUCAUCACCGCCGGCCGCUUCACGACUGAGGAUUUCACCAAAGACAAGGGUCCCAACUGGGACGAAGAGGUGACCAUGUACACGACGAGCUCUAUCGCGCCCGUUUUCAUCGUCCACAAGCUUUCGCACGCGGGCCUGCUCAAGAAGGGGUCCAAGGUCGUGCUCGUUUCUUCCGAGUCUGGAAGCAUCACUCUUCGUCACGAAUCGGAGGGCGGCGGCAAUUACGCUCAUCAUGCAAGCAAGGCCGCGCUCAACAUGGUAGGCAAGCUGUUGAGCUUGGACCUGAAGGAUGAUGGGGUCAUAGUCAGUAUCGUACAUCCCGGGUUCAUGAGGACGGAGAUGACCAAGGGUGUUGGAUUUGAUAAAUUCUGGGACGAUGGCGGAGCUGUAACCCCUGAAGAAGCUGCCAAGAGCUUGGUGGAUUGGACAAAUAAACUGGAUAUCAGCAAGACGGGCGAGUACUGGGCUCCGAGGGGACCUGGCGACAUUGGUACUGCUGAGGCUACCCUCGGCAAGGGCCUAUCAACGCCGCUCCAUCUACCUUGGUAA